CUGGGAGCGCGGCUCUGAGGCGGGAAGGGUCGCUUAUGGCUUGUUUUCGACGGGAGAGGUGGAGCGUGUGCGCCGGGAGAGCAGCCGGUGGUAUGCGGUGCUCAGUUGCCUCCCAGCUGUGGAGGAUCCGCCUCGGAGCAGCGCGCCGUGGCGUUUGUGGUAUUGAAAGAUUGCAGAGAACAGUAGGUGAUCUGCGCGAUCGCUGUUUUUUUUUCCUCAAGCGUAGUUUGUGUAUUCCCAAAAAGUCACCCAGCCGUCUUCAAAGUUCUUAGCAAAGAUGCUGAGCUUUUUCCGCCGCACGCUGGGACGCCGGUCCAUGCGUAAGCAUGCGGAGAAGGAGAGGCUGAGAGAGGCCCAGAGGGCUGCGACCCACAUCCCUGCGGCUGGGGACGCCAGGUCCAUCAUCACCUGCCGAGUGGCGCUGCUGGACGGCACAGAUGUCAGCGUGGACUUACCGAAAAAAGCCAAAGGCCAGCUGCUGUUUGAGCAAAUCAUGUAUCAUCUGGACCUUAUCGAAAGCGACUACUUUGGAUUAAGGUUCAUGGAUUCAGCACAAGUGGCACAUUGGCUGGACAACACCAAAAGCAUUAAAAAGCAAGUUAAAAUUGGCCCCCCAUACUGUCUCCAUUUUCGUGUAAAAUUUUACUCAUCAGAGCCCAACAAUCUACGUGAAGAGCUAACAAGGUACUUAUUUGUUCUGCAGCUGAAAUUGGAUAUUCUUAGUGGAAAACUGGAAUGUCCUUUUGACACUGCAGUCCAGCUGGCAGCUUAUAACAUGCAAGCUGAACUUGGAGACUAUGAUGCUGCUGAACAUGUCCCUGAGCUGGUGUCUGAGUUCAGGUUUGUUCCCACUCAGACUGAAGAGAUGGAAUUAGCUGUUUUUGAGAAGUGGAAGGAAUGCAGGGGCCAAACACCAGCACAGGCUGAAACUAACUACUUAAACAAAGCUAAGUGGCUGGAAAUGUAUGGUGUAGACAUGCACAUAGUCAAGGCAAGAGAUGGCAAUGAUUACAGCCUGGGACUAACACCUACAGGAGUUCUUGUCUUUGAAGGAGACACAAAGAUUGGUUUGUUUUUCUGGCCAAAGAUAACAAGGCUUGACUUCAAGAAGAACAAACUCACUCUGGUUGUUGUUGAAGAUGAUGAACAGGGAAAGGAGCAGGAGCACACUUUUGUCUUUAGACUGGAUCAUCCCAAAGCCUGCAAACACUUGUGGAAGUGUGCAGUGGAGCACCACGCCUUCUUCCGGCUCCGGGGCCCUGUCCAGAAGAGCUCCAGUCGGUCUGGCUUCAUUCGCUUGGGGUCUCGCUUCCGAUACAGUGGGAAAACAGAAUAUCAAACCACAAAGACCAACAAAGCCAGGAGAUCAGCAUCCUUUGAAAGAAGGCCUAGCAAGAGAUAUUCAAGACGAACCCUGCAAAUGAAAGCAUACACUGCUAAACUGGAAGAAACAAGUGCUGCAAACAAUGCUGUUAUCAGCCAAACUAAUGGAUCACAAGGCUGGAAUGCAAAGCCAAGCCUACCUGUCCUAACAGCGGUUCCUUCUGCACCAGUCUUAGUGGAAAUAGAAAACCUCCCAAGGAGCCCAGGAGCCAGCCAGCAAGAUAAGAAGUGCAUACCUCUUGUUGAUUUGCUAGACAGCACAGACUUGCCAGAAACUUGUGUGGAUGAUGCUGUGGGCCAUCCAGUUGUUGGCUUGGCAACAGGAGAUUCAGAAGACGUUGUUAGUUGCCCUCCUCCUGGCACGAAGGAAACUGCUGCAGACAAAGCAGACUCUGAUCCAUUUGAAGACACAUUCCUAAAACUGAAACAGCUGGAGACAGAGCGCAGCAGCCCCGUGCCGAGUGAGCGUCCCAAUGUGAACAUAAAUGUACAGGAUGAAGUGGUGAAGUUGACAGAUAAAUGUCUUAACAAUGCAAUCGAGAGCCCAAUCGUAGCAGCCAAGUGGCUUCCAGCAGAUCUCAAAAGCAAUAUCCUGAAGGCCCAGGCAGAAGCAGGGCACAAGGCUGGAAAAGAUGACAGCAUGACAGGUGUCAAGAAUUCCAAUAUUCAGGAGGCUGCUGCCAGGAACCUGAUCCUGUCAGGCAAAUCACAGAGCAGUCCCCCAGCAACCAGUCCAGUAUUUCAAGAUCCAAGAGAGCUGCUGAGAACAAUCCCUGCUUCAAACACCUUUGUUCCAAAUACCUUGAAUGAGGACAAUGGUGACUCUAACCAUGAGGACCUGCUAAUUCCAGCUAAUCUGGCUCCAGCUGAGGAGGCUGCUGUUUCAAAGAGCACUCCAGAUGACCAGGACGUUUCCUUAACAUCACUGACAGAGAAUCUAAUUGACUUUACAGAAGCCACACCUCGGGUGUCUUCUCACCCCAUUUUAACACCGAGGUGGAUAGUGCCAACUGGACUGAUUUCCAACGGGCCUUUGGGAAAUAAUGUUGCCUUAUCUUUGAAGGCAGUGAAAGGCAGCACGGAGACCCUGCUGUCCUCAGCUGGGCUGACACCAUCCCAGCAGGUACCCGAAGUGAGCCCAGUUACUGAGGAUGCUACAAUAAGAACAAAAUGUUUACUCACCACUGAACUCUAGAAGAAGGAGUCUCUGAAACUCUCACCUUGUAAAAACUCAAAUCUUCUGACAUAUCUCCAAGGGAUCCUUCCAAAAGACUUGCUUGAGAUCAAACUCGUGCUGAGCAGGAGUCAGACAGCCAGCUGGUUUGCCAGGAUCCAGGAAGAGACUUCUGCAUUUUUCACAAUCUAACUGGAACUGCAGCCUGAGCUGGGAUAUAAAACCACAUGCGCAUUUGAUCUUCUCCUUUGGGAGGAACAAAAUGUCACACUGGAGCUAGUUCUGAACUGAGGAGAGGAAAACAGUUGUGUUCUGCUCGUGCUGGGUUGAUUGUUCCUUACCCUGAGCUGGCUCUGGUGCUGGAAGCUGUCGCAGAGCUGUGGGAUGUGAGCUGUGCCCUGCUGGCUGCGGAAUGAUGAACAUCGCAGGGAUGAGGAGAGCUCGCAGGGCCACCUCGUGGCCGUGCCCUGCACAGGGCUCUCCAUGGUGGUCACUGUCCCUCCCGUACAGCCAAGGACAUUUUCUUCUGUGUCAUUGUUCUCUCUGGUUUUCCUUCGUUUCACCAAUACAUACUCUCCUUUUUGGCCUUAACCCCUUAAUAAUCCUUGCACACCCUGUUACAGUACCUGGAAAGUAUGAAAAUCUAGUCCAUCAGUGACCAGCUAUGUAGACUGGAUUUGGGCUGCUGCUCACUGCAACCAGGAAAAUGCAAAUUACCUGCCAAACAGCUUGUAGCAUUAGCAGAAUACAGCAGAAUACAUAUUAUACUGAUAUUUUCAUUUCCUACAUUAUUCAAAUACAUGCAUUUUAGACUAGAGAUCUGUAUGUUUUAAAAGCCAAAGCAGUGAAGGUGUGAGGGCAGCUUGCUUCAGGAAUUGCUUAUUGAUUAGUAUUGUUGUCAUCUUGGACUAGAAAGGAAAAGAAUUUUGUUUCUCUUCAUGCUCUUUCUGGGUGUUUUUUCCAGAUGCUGUGCUUAAGGAAUACUUACCAGGUAGUUUUGCAGCAUGAGGGUACAACUAGAUCAGUUUUUAAUACCACUUUCAGUCCUGUUCCAAGUGUCACCUAAUAGUUGUAUGUGGAACAAAUAAUAGAAAGACUAGGGUGAAAAUAGGAAAAAAGGAUGAAAAAUUCAUGUAAGCAAUUCACUUGUCUGUAGAAGGCAGGUGAGAGCACACACUGCACAGAGCAGGUGGAGGUCUUUGGGUGCUCAGGUGAAGUUUGGGGUACAGUACAUAGAGUUCAGAGCUCAUUUGAGCUCUGGGCAGCAGUGUCAUCACAUGGACCCUGAUGAUAUAGCCUGUGUAAAAAGUAAUGCAGAGUCAGAGGGAGGAGAAACAAAGAGUGAUGAAUCCCACAUCUAACAGGGAAGCACAGAUGGAACAACUGUGAUCUUUCUUUCUGAGGAAGAGGUUUGAACAUCUGACUGAGGUUGGAGGGCAUUUUCUACAUAGUGCUGCUGUUUGUAGAUACUUACAUGCAUGUGAUUCUUAGAAACAAACUUAAAUGUGAAAAUUGAUUCUGGAUCCUGUAUGCACAACUUCAUUUCUGCCCACUGGCUGUGUGCACGUGUCUCAGUGCAAACACAGGUUUGGACCAAACCACUGUGGGUUGUGCAAGUAAGCUGGGCCCAGUGGGGCUGCUGCAUUCAGACCAAGGUGUUCAUGCUGCUGUUGCUCUUGUGCUUUUCUUUGCAAGAUGCUGAGUGAGUGCUAAGGGAGAAGCUAUGUGUAUUUUGUGACCCACUGCCACUUCUCAAAACCCCGAGGCCUUAAAAGAGGAAUGUAGGGACCAGAGAAAGCGCCUAGGACUGACGUCCCAGAGUGACUCUGCAGGCAGUGAUUUGCAGCCAUUGCCUCAAGAACCAGGAUUUCAGGAUUGGUGGCAGGUGCUGCAGGUGCCUCUCCAGCCAGCACCAGAGCAGCACAGGGCAGGUCCUGCUCCCUCGCUGCAGGAUGAGCGGAGCCACUGCCCCAGCCAGGCACAGGAUUCCUGCUCCCAGCCCUUCAGCUCUCUCAUUGCUUCCGUGCUUCAUACUUCCAGUUGACUAUUGGCUUUUUUUAUACUUUUAAGUCUGAGCCUUACUGCUUAUUAAAACGCAGAAGAUUCCUGAUUUGAAUAUCAAAUGUCUUAGUCUGGAUUAAUAAUGCAGUUGCCAGCAAAGUUCCUGCAGGAAAAGGGAAGCAAUGGCUGCAACAGUCUGCUUUCUGCACAAAGCCAGGACUGUGUGUGGAAACUUGGCACUUGCUAUUCAUCUGUUUGCUCAGCAGCUGAGCUGGCAUUCACCAGCUACAUGUGUUGGGUUUGUAAAUAGACAGAAUGCAGUAGCAUUUUCUUAGGCAUGUUUGAUAUUUGGCUCUUCUUGUUGGGUUCAGGAGCUCUGCGAACUGUCAGCUUGAAUCCUUCCCAAAACUGGAAUAACAGAAGUUUACAGUUUUCCAGCACUGUGUGUUGAAUACCAUCCUUAGAUUCCUCCCAAGCCAUCACAGCAAAUAACAAGUAAAUAGCGUGUGGUGAGUGUGUCCCCUGAAAUCUAAAUGGUUCUAAAUAACCAACUGUUAUUUCAGUAUGGUCAUGAUAGCAGUGUUUGGAGGGGAAUGUUGUAAUUACACACAUGCACACACAGAGAAACUUCAAAGGGGCGAGGCUUUCCUCAAUUUUCAGAGGACUAAUAUUUGAAACUUAACAUAAAAAUGCAAACAUUUCGACUGGUAAAUUGGGAACUUGCAAUAUCUUAUAGAUUUGGGGCUACAAACCCAACUCUUCCCCACAAAAUCUGGUACUUGGAGCAACUAUUCACUCCAUUUACUUGAUGUAGCUUACUUAUCUAACCAAAUCAUUGCUUAUGUAGGGAGCCUGGUGAGACCAAGGUGACACAGGUUUGUGAUCUGAGCAUCCUGCAGUUUGGCAUCACUGUUCUGGUUUGCAGCUACAAGUACUGUGUUACAACAUGAGUGCCUAACAGGUAAUAUAGCAUUCCUCAUCACCUGCAUUUUAUCAAUCACAAAUAGGGAUAAUAGUUCGUACAGUUAGUGUUAUAAAGUAUCAGUUAAUGCCUGUGUGCUACUGAGAAAAAAGGAUUUUCCUCCAAUUGCUAUACUAUUGAUUGAUUGGCUAUAGGGUCCAAGCAUGUUCUUAAAGUCUAUUUUUUGGUAUUUAUUUAAAGAGAUUUAUAAAUAAAGCUCUUGUGUGAAUCUGGUGUCAGGAUGUUGGCAGGUCUGCCAACCACUGAAAAGCCGUAAGAGUUGACAGGAAUGAAUGAAUGAAUGCUAAGUGAUUGCAUCUGAAAGUAGAAGUGAUUUUACUCCAGUCACAUUCUGUGAUUGGAGUAAAAGGUUUUAAAGAAAUCUUGGUGUUUAUAAUAACAGCAUCCCUGCCCUUACUCAAACUGAUUAACCUGAGAGAGAUGCAUUUCAGUCUCACCCAUUUAAGACCAUCAGUCUGUAUGUGCUGCAUGCAUUUACAGGCUUAGGAAAUGGGCAUUAAAAUGUGGGAGUUGAGGCUUUCUUACACCAGAAUUAAGGGAAUCUCUUCUUUAGUUCAGUAGUAAUAGAGUUUAAUACUAGGUAAUUUAUAGGACAUAAAUUGCCUACUUACCUGUUAAUCAGUCAUGGUUAAUGAAUUAGCUUGAAUGUAUUUGAUUUUAAGAUUAAUUUUUUCUUAUACUUUGUCAAAGACAGAUGGCUAUGUAAGACAGUUUUGGACAAUUUUUUGGAUGCAACUUUGGCAAGAAAAUUUGCAGCCCUGUUAGAGCAGCUCAGGUGAACAGUGCAGCUGUGUGUGGGUCUCUAUGCAAACUGCAGUCCUUGCCUACUCUCCCUUUGUCUGCACCCUGCUCCUUCCUUCUCAUUUCAUGAAGCAAAGACAUACUGUUGGGAUGAGUGUGUCCUUCACAAACAGCACUGGAUGUAUUUUUCACAUUGUGAACAAAUUCUGGUACAACCCAAAUCUACUGGUGAAGUGAUAGCAGCUAGCAGCCAGCUAGCAUCUAAAGCUCUAUCUGGGCACAUAGUGUUUCUGAGUUUAGGAAGCUGUAGUAUCUAUAUACAUACAUAUAUAUAUUUAUGUAGCUGUUAGACACUGUAAUGUCACAGCUUUCAAGUGCAGCUGGACAAUCAUAACUUCUCAACCAAAAGACACACCAGUAUAUCCUAAUGGCCUUCCAGUGACACAGGUGUGAUCCGGGUGCGUUUGCUCCGGGUGUUGGCAGCGCAGAUGGGUGCAGGGCAGGGGCAGAGCUGCAGGGGCUCCGGGCAGGGGCUCAGCACAGCCCCCACAGCCAGCCCCGGCUCGCUGUCACGCGUGGCUCCGUGUUGCUGCUGGCCUGAGGAGCCGGCUCUGCCGGCAGCGCUGCCACACCCACAGGAUUCUCCUGCAGAAUUCACCUCCUUUUGACUGCUUGGCUUGAGCACUCUGCUCCAUAAACACACACACCACCCCUACCUAUAGAACUGGACAAACUUAUUUUUAAGGUAUAUAAGAAUAUUUUUUUAGCUAGAUUUGUUUUGUUAAAGCCGCACUAACUACUGUAUUUUUACUUUUUAUAUGUAAAGCUUGGCAAUAGCUCUCAAUGUAUAAUUUAUUUGUUGGGUUUUUUAUAAAAUGAAGUGCACCCUCUUGCUUUUGUUUCACAACACUGGUGACAUAUGAACUGUCUUAGGCACUGCACUGAGAUCUGUAUUGAAACUGUACAUGGGAACAAGUAGAUCUGUAGUCCACUCAACCCAGUCUUGGAAUGUUUGUACUGUAGUUUUGUCUUAAAUACACCAUGUCAGUGCAAAA